GCAAGUCAACAACAAUACAAUGCCAGCAUUUCAUUUCCACACUUGAAAUAUACACAACCAUAAUAGGCCACAACCCCAUAUAUACACACAUUCGGUGCCUAACCAUAUUCAUAACCCACUCCUCUCAUUUUCACAAUGUCUGCCAUCUCCCUCCUCUCGGCACUUUCCAUUCUCUCCCUCCUCCUGCUCACAGGAGAAUCGCAAGACUUCACCAAAAGAAUACCCAAAAACAGCCUAGGCCUCAAAAAAGAGAAGCUGAGCCACCUCCACUUCUACUUCCACGACAUCGUCAGCGGCCGCCACCCCACCGCCGUCCGGGUGGCUUCCGCGGCCAUAACCAACACUUCAUCCACAGGAUUCGGAGCUGUUGUGAUGAUCGAUGAUCCUCUCACUGUGGGCCCAGAACCGGGUUCCAAACAAGUGGGAAGAGCGCAGGGAAUCUACGCUUCUGCGUCGCUAAGUGAGGCUGGAACAUUGUUGAUGGUGUUAAACUACGCUUUUACGGAAGGGAAGUAUAAUGGGAGUACGUUGAGUAUAUUAGGCCGGAAUCCGGUGUUUUCUGCCGUGAGAGAGAUGCCGGUGGUCGGAGGAAGUGGGCUUUUCCGGUUUGCACGGGGCUAUGCGCAGGCGAGGACUCAUUUUUUUGACCUUAAAACUGGGGAUGCUGUUGUGGAGUAUAAUGUCUAUGUUUUUCAUUACUAACUAUACGUGGUUUGUAUUGAGUUUAGCUUCAGUUUGAGUUUUGUUUUCUUGCUCACCUUAUUAUCGGAAUACGCAGAUGCUUCAUUUAUUGAGAUGAAAUUAUACAUAACAUGACCACGCUGGUUGGUUUUUCAUAUAUA